AUGGCGAUUACAGCAGAUGGAGCCGACUUCAACAACGAAUUCCCAAGUCGACCUCGACGAAAGUUCCUGAGAUGGAGCAGGCACCGAUCCACCAGCAACGACAGGGACUUCCCUUCCGAGGUCAGCGGCAGCACCGAGGGCCCCGAAGUCGCUCGGGAGCUCCUCUGGGCGCGCACCCAAGCUGUCGCUGCUCCCGAGAUCGACUUCGCGGGAUUGUCGAACCUGUCGCUGGAGACGUGGGAAUCUAUCCGAAGCAAGCACAACAAACACGAGAGCUUCCGCACCUUCAAGCGCCAAUUGGUCACUCCUAACAUUCCCGCCGUCAUGGAGGUACUCGUCACGGGCGAGCUCCAAUGCAGCGUGGCGGAAGCUUCGGCGCUGCUGUGUUCACCGGGUGAAAGCGAGUUCAACUCGGUCAUGACAAGGAUGCACGGACGCGCGUUCCAGCAUGGCACCGUCGUCCACAACUUCAAAGCCGAGAACCAGGGAGAGGUCCUGCCGGCAUACCGUUGUGUGAAGACGGCGUGCUUCGCUCGUCCACGCUUGGCUCUGUUCGACACUGAUGAGAGGUGGUGCUUCCUGGAAGAGUUUGCCCCCGUGGUGACAGCGACUGGUGUCCAGAGCGACUUUACGCUGUCCCAGAGAUCACUGCGGCCGUCGACGCUGCCUCGAGCACACAAGUUCCACAAGCUGCUCAUGACCAAGAAGACGCGCUGCUACCUGUGCGCACACUUCGUGUGUUCGAAAUGCUGGAUCCGACAGCCUCUGGAGACGGCAAACGGCAGGAAGAUAGCGGUCCUCGUGUGUCCUCACUGCCUGGGCAGCAUCCAGAACUGCAACUACGCGCACCUUGCAGCUUCUUUCGUAUCGGGUCGUGGAAGCGGAAGCAGCGCGAACACAUCGACUGGAGAGCAAAAUCUUCGUCCUGUACAGGUGCUGCCAGACGCUGACGACGCACCUGAACCGGGUCGUGCGGUGGUCUCGUAUCUCGCUGGCGUCUUCAGCGACGAAGAUGACGAAGAAUCGUCCUCCGAGUCUGGGUCGACCGUGGAUCUCAACAACAAGAACGACGCAGCUUCCAAUGUCCUCCAACACCUAACGUCCGUCCUGGAUGAAGGAGUCAACCGCGUGAUGGCCCACUGCUUCUACGAUUCCGACAACAACGCCGACAACGAAGAGCUGGAACCCGAGAUAUCCUCAGCGCUGCGAAAGCUCCAGGCUCAGUUUGCGAGAGAGGUGCUGCCUCUGGAGGCUUGCAUCCUCUCAAACGCUGUGGCGCGAACCUACCCCAUCGACACCACGAGUGGAGGAAGUGUAGCUGGCGUCCCCGUCGGUCCGAUUCCCCCGAACGAGACGCUCCGACUUGAAUCCAUCACACAGGAGCAACUUCUGCUGGCGACGGGGUCCCCCGAACUCACUCUCGUCUGUGAGCUAGUGACUCGGGAAAUGUCGUGCAUGGCGUCGCUGGUGACGAUCGUGGGGAAGACGCUGCAGUACGUGCUAGCGACCGACUAUCCAUCCUUCCAGUACGCCGAGCAGCCUCGAGAGCACACACUCUGCCAGCACCUGCUGAUGGGGGACAGACCCAUGCUCGUCCAGCAUCCAGAAGCCGACGUCCGCUUCUGCAAUUUGAGUCUCGUCGUGGACUACGGCAUUCAGUUCUACGCUGGCUUCCCCAUCUUCAGUCGUGACGGCCUCGCCGUGGUUGGAUCACUCUGCUGUCUCGAUACUCGUCCGCGAGAAAUGACUCAGUCCCAGUACUCGACACUCUUGCACCUCACGCGCACAGCGUCGAGUAUCAUCGUGACGAAGUGUCUCCAACGACGCGGUCUCCAACGGCUCCAAAAGUGA